GAAGUCCAGUGGAGAAGGCGUGUCGGGCUUUCGGCUCAGGCUUGUACUCCACAGAAACGUGACGUGGUGGGGGCCCCUCGUAGUCUCGUGUGGUGGAAUGGACGGCUGUGAUCGCGUCGUGGACUCGUGGGGCGGCAGGUAGUCUCUCGCUCUCCGCCGGCUGGCUACGGUGCUGCUGGCUGCUGCUACUCCAUGGCGGCGGCGGCGGCGGCGAUGAUGGGUGCGGCGGCCCGGCGGCUGCACCACGCGGCGGCGGCGGCGGCUGGGCAGCCCCCGCGCCUGAAGAAGCUCGCGCUGCACCCGCCCAAAUCCGUAGAAGUUGAAUUUGCAGAUGGCAGUUCAUUCCAUCUGUCAGCUGAGUUUCUCAGAGUUUAUAGUCCUGCAGCUGACAGCAAAAUCCGAUCUAUAGCUGGUGAGAAGGUUAUAUUUGCGCGGCGGCAUGUCGGAAUAAUGUCAGCUGAAUCAAUAGGGAACUAUGGAGUCCGGAUAUUGUUUGAUGACUUACACAAGACUGGGAUCUUCACCUGGGAUUUCUUGUACCAUCUGGGUUCUAACAAAUUCAGUCUGAUGCGAAAUUAUAUCAAAAUGUUGAGGAGACACGGUCUUACUCGGGAUCCUCAGAGAAGGAAAUGACGGAAUCAAAGGAUUUGCACAAGUUAAAUAUGUACUCCGUAGGUCCAAGGGAACUCAAAUAGGAUUUUCUUACCACGCCUAAGAAUUCAGAAGAACUGCUGCCAUGAUUGGGGUGGAUGAAGCUUCUAGAUGUGAGCACAGAAUGUGUCAAACCAGAUAACUUAUGACUGAGUGACAGUGAUUUUCUUUUGUACAAUCCUAAGGUAUGAUGAUCUGAUAAAAUUUGUCAUCCCUCCGUCCGGAAAUAAGUGACUUUUAUUUAUACAAAUCCAAGUCACUUAUUUCGGAAUGGAGGGAGUACCUUGAAUUGAUUGAGUUCUGAUGGUAGAAUUAUUGUCCUUUUCCAUUACGGGGCCUCGUUGGAACAUCCCUCCCUGUACUUCUCGUAGAGGAUAACUAUUUUAUUAAAGAAAUUUAAUGAGUCAA